AUGGCGCUUGAGUUUCGAUGCGAGGAUGCCGUCGAUAUCGUCCGACUCGGAGUCGGACGACGCGUCGGGCGACGCCGCAUCCCCAAAUGCCUGGCGCCGCGCGAGGCGCAGCCGCGCCCGCGCGCGCGCGCGGUCGUCCAGCGCCGGCGCUGCUCGAUCUUCCUGCAGCGCGCAGUCGCCCCGCUCGUCAAUCUGCUUCGCGGCGACGCCGCGGCCGCACUCCUCGACCACCACGUUCUCGAGGAUAAUCGCCGCCUUCGAAUUGAUUCCGAGGCCGCAGAGCUGGAUCGUGGACCCCCGCGCGUGGAGCGAGGCCCCCUCGUUCACGACGAUACCGAUUUUGGCGUGUUCCACCACGGAAUCGUCGAGCAGGCACGCCCCGGCGACGGUCAGGGCGACGCCCGCCUCGUGCGCGAAGACGCACCUCCGGCACUCGACGGCCGCGUCGGGGGCCACGCGGACGCCGGCCGUCGUAUCGAUGCGGUCGAGGCGCACGCCUUUCGCAUGAAUUUCGAUGCCCUCGACCGUGGCCAAGGCGUUGUCGCCCGCCAGGGCCAGCGCCCGCUUGAUGACGAGCUUUUCCUCGUAGCGGCCGGGCGCGACGAGGACGAGCGCGCACGACGCGUCGCUCACCGCGGCCCGCAGCGUCGGCGCGUCGCGCGGCACGAGCAGCGUCGGUAUCCGCUUCUCGGCUCUCCGAAGUAUCGCCGCAGCCGCCUUGCCCACGCGUUUCGCGUCGGCAAUGCAUCCCUCAAAAUCGCGGCGGCACAGCCGCGCCCUCGCGCGCCGCAGCAGCGCCUUCUUCGUCGUCGCCUCGGGCGCAUCGUCCACUGCCAGGGCGGCGUCGCAGGCCUUCUCCGCCUCCGUGGGCCGCCCUACCCUCAGAAACGCCUCCGCGAGGUUCGCGUGCAGCGUCGCCGCGUCGCAGCCGUGCGCGAGGCAGCCCGUCCAGAUUUUGAUGGCGUCUUCAUAUUCUCCUUGCUGGAAUUUGUGUUUCGCUGCUUGCCGCUCGGCCGCGUAAUUCGCGCCGCCGUCAGUUUGUGGUGUGGCAGCCUCCUCAGCAGCAGUGGCCUGUGCAGCCAUCGCGGGCCUUUAUUUGUCGUAACCACUCGCGGGACUCAUGAAAUGAUUAUUUUAUCACCCCUUCGUCCAAUUUUUGUGAUCCCUAUGGGGCUCCGUGCUGCUGUGGGUGAAAAAUGGACGUACGAG